CACUUUUGCAUCUUCUCGCAUCUUAUUUGUUCGCUUUGCACCCCCCCCCCUACAUUAACUCCCAUACAAUCCCCUAACUAUGGUUCUCGCUGAUCUAGGGAAGCGCAUUACAAGUGCGGUUUCCGACCUUGCUCGGUCUAAUGUUGUCGAUGAGAAGGUUUUUGAUGGGAUGCUUAAGGAGAUCUGCUCGGCUUUAAUCGAAGCUGAUGUGAAUGUCAAGCUCGUCAGCAACCUCCGAAAAUCGAUAAAGCACACGGUAAACUUCAAAGAACUCAAUCCGAACGUCAACAAGAAACGGUUAAUCCAGAAGGCUGUUUUUGAUGAACUCGUCAAACUCGUCGACCCACAUAGCGAACCAUUCAAGCCGAAGAAAGGUCGCUCCAAUGUCAUCAUGUUUGUCGGUCUCCAAGGAUCCGGUAAAACCACAACAUGUACGAAGCUCGCCCGACAUUACCAAGCUCGAGGUUUUAAGGCCUGUCUUGUCUGCGCGGAUACCUUUCGAGCCGGAGCAUUUGACCAAUUGAAGCAGAACGCUACGAAAGCCAAAAUCCCCUACUACGGGUCUUAUACCGAGACGGAUCCUGUGAAGGUUUCGCGGGAGGGAGUGGAGAAAUUCAAGAAGGAGCGGUUCGACAUCAUCAUUGUUGAUACAUCAGGAAGACAUCAGCAGGAAAAGGAGCUUUUUGCUGAGAUGGUGCAGAUUCAGCAGGCUGUCACGCCGGAUCAGACCAUCAUGGUGUUAGAUGCAUCUAUUGGACAGGCGGCAGAGGCUCAGAGUAAAGCUUUCAAGGAGAGUGCGAAUUUUGGUGCUAUUAUUAUCACAAAAACGGAUGGUCAUGCGGCGGGUGGUGGUGCGAUAUCUGCAGUUGCUGCUACUAGAACGCCAAUUAUGUUUAUUGGCACUGGUGAGCACAUGUUGGAUCUCGAGCGAUUUGCGCCACAGGCAUUUGUUUCCAAGUUGCUGGGGAUGGGUGAUAUGCAAGGUCUGGUAGAGCACGUUCAGAGCCUAAAGCUGGACCAGAAGGAUACAAUGAAGCAUAUCCAGGAAGGUAUAUUCACGGUUAGAGAUUUAAGGGAUCAACUCGGCAAUAUCAUGAAAAUGGGACCUCUGAGUAAAAUGGCUGGGAUGAUUCCCGGGUUAUCGCAAAUGAUGGGCGAUGUCGGUGAUGAGGAGGGAAGCAUGAAGUUGAAAAGAAUGAUCUAUAUAAUGGACUCAAUGACUGAAAAAGAGCUCGAUUCAGACGGGAAAUGUUUCUCCGACCAACCGACCCGCAUGACCCGCAUAGCUCACGGUUCGGGAACUACCGUCCGUGAGGUAGAAGACGUCCUAACACAGCACAGAAUGAUGGCCGGCAUGGCCAAAAAGAUGGGCAAGAACAUGGCAAAUAUGCAAAAGCAAGGUGUGGGCAUGAACGGACCCAACAAGCAGCAACAAUUAGCCGCGAUGCAGCGGAGAAUGCAAAGCAUGGGAGGAGGUCUAGGGGGACCUGGCGGUGGGAACAUGGCGGAGAUGAUGAAGGCGCUUGGCGGCAUGCCUGGCAUGGGAGGCGCCGGUGGUGGUGGCGGGAACCCGCUCGCGGGGAUGGACAUGGCGAGGAUGAUGCAGCAGUUUGGCGGAAUGGUGGGCGGCGGCGGGGGUAUGCCGGAUCUUGCUAGUAUGAUGGGUAGCAUGGGUGGUAUGGGUGGUGCCGGGAGAGGGGGCCGUGGUGGGAGAAGAUAGGCUGUGCCAAUCAAAGUCUGUUUCUCUUUUCUGUUUUUCUUUCUCACAUUCGUAAAUACCAAGGGCUUGGGCUUGGGAUGGGAUGGGGCGGGGUGGAUGGAAGGAGUAUUUUUCGCUUUCCGAGGAGUUCGAGUUUUUCCUCGCGAAUAUGUUCUUGAUUUUUACGUACCAUAGUCAACAUACUGACGGGGGGGUUCUCUCGUGGGGCUUGAAACCAUCCGGUAAUCUCUG